CGGACUGCAUGCACACCAAUGGAAAAGUUCACAGCCUGACGAGAGGACGUCACUUCAUCUGCAGGCUUACAGGGGCUGCACUGUUAACAGCAAGCGGGGAGAACUGCCCUACACAUGUCGAUACGCGUCUACUGGUCCCCGGCUGCUGUUCAUCGUUGUUUAUCCCGUGACUCUGCAGGAGGCAUAUAAAAGGAAGUGUGCAGCUUCGUGCGAGCGCAGCCGAUCUUAUCCUCCGCUUUAUGCUCUUCUCUGCAGCCUUAAAAUAAGCGAGGUUUAGCGAGCCCCACCGUAAGGGACCGUAUAUAAAGCAGCUCUGUACUGCUUACGCCGGACCGGCUCUUCAGGAAGGUCGCUCUAUACUGGCAGUGUUGGUUCCUCAGGGCCGGUGCCGGAAAGAUGCACCGGCUCUCUUUACUUUACGACCGUGGGACUAGUUAAACUAGUUGCUUUCGAUAAAGGAUUGUCUUUAUAUAUAUUUAAGGCAUUGUCUCUAAAUUCCCACACGGAAUAUGGAGACGUUUAAGUGACGGCACUGUCGGGUCACAUAGUAGUAGAUGGAAGAGAGGAUACGGCUUAUAUAUCAAAAUCGGCCCGAUGCGCUUCAUCAUUCGCCUGAUUGGGAUAACGAAGUCGAAGACGGUGGGAAGGGCGAGUUUGAAGCGGCAGGGGGCCGCCGGUGGAAGAUGGCGGAGUGGAUCAGGCGGAUGGGCUGAGGAGCGGAGUUCGGGGCGCUUCGGCUUUACUCAGCGGCACCUGGUCGCGGACCGGAGGACACAUGCAAGCCAAAAAGCGCUUUUUCAUACUGCUCUUCGUCGGUGCAUGCAUCCUGCUGCUGCUUCUUAUUGGAGGGGGACCGGCGCACAGAAGCAGGAUGCACCGCAGUGGCCGUCAUCUCGGGCGCUCCUGGCAGCGUUUCUCGGACCCCCUGCAGCCAUUCGCGUCUCCGGAGCAGCCGGAGACCGAUAAUCACGGUAUGCGGCGAAGAAGGGAUGCCGAUCCCGGCAUGUAUAAAGGAAAGGAGUGCCGCAUGGAGUCAUGCUUCGACUUCUCCCGGUGCGAGAGCAACGGCUUCAAAGUUUACGUUUAUCCGAGGCAGAAGGCGGAUAAGAUCUCAGAAAGUUACCAGAACAUCUUAGCAGCCAUCGAGGGCUCCAGGUUUUACACUCCGGACCCAAUGAAGGCGUGCCUUUUUGUUUUGGCUUUGGAUACUCUGGACCGGGACCAGUUGUCGCCGCAGUAUGUGCCCAGUCUGAAAGCGAAGGUGCAGAGCCAGCCUUUCUGGGACGACGGCAGGAACCACCUGAUAUUCAACCUGUACUCGGGGACAUGGCCGGAUUACACAGAAGAUCUGGGCUUUGACGUGGGCCAGGCGAUGGUGGCCAAGGCGAGCAUCAGCACGGAGAGCUUCAGAACCAACUUCGACGUCUCCAUCCCGCUUUUCAGCAAGGAGCACCCCAGGAGCGGGGGUGAGCGGGGCUUUCUGAAGUAUAACUCUAUCCCCCCUUUCAGGAAAUACACGCUGGUGUUUAAGGGCAAGCGCUACCUGACAGGCAUCGGGUCGGACGCACGAAACGCCCUGCACCACGUCCACAACGCGGAAGACAUUGUCCUGCUGACCACGUGCAGGCACGGCAGGGACUGGCAGAGGCACGAGGACGGCCGCUGCGCGCGGGACAAUGCCGAGUACGACAGGUUUGACUACAGGGAGAUGCUGCACAACUCCACCUUCUGCCUGGUGCCCCGUGGCCGCCGCCUGGGUUCCUUCCGCUUCCUGGAGGCUCUGCAGGCCGCCUGCAUCCCUGUCGUGCUCAGUAACGGCUGGGAGCUGCCCUUCUCUGAGGUCAUCGACUGGAGCAGCGCUGCCAUCAUCGGGGACGAGCGGCUGCUGCUGCAGAUUCCGUCCAUCGUUCGAUCUGUCCACCGGGACAAAAUCCUGUCCCUGCGGCAGCAGACACAGUUCCUCUGGGAGGCGUACUUCUCAUCUGUGGAGAAGAUCGUGCUGACGACGCUGGAGAUCAUCCAGGACCGACUCCUCCGGCAUGCAGCCCGCAGGACCGUGAUGUGGAACCGCCUUCCUGGGGGCCUCUUCGCCUUGCCGGAGUACUCCACCUACCUGGGGGACUUCCCCUUCUACUACGCCCAGCUGGGUGCGUCCCAGGGGAGUCACCUGGGGGAUUCUGGAGCCGGUUCACCGAGCCCGCGGCAACACCAACUGUGGGCCUCGUCUCUUUGGAUCAGACCUCAGCGUAAGUUCACCGCCAUCAUCCACGCCGUAUCCCCUCUGCUGUCCCAGUCUCAGCCCAUCCUGAAGCUCAUGGCUGCCGUCUCCAGAUCUCUCUACUGUGCUCAGAUCAUCGUCCUGUGGAAUUGCGAGAAGCCACUGCCCCCCGCAUUCCGCUGGCCGUCCGUCUCAGUGCCCGUCGUCGUCAUUGAGGCAGACGCCAAGGUGAUGAGCAGCCGGUUCCAACAUUCCGAUGCUAUAACAACAGACGCCGUCCUGAGCCUGGAUGAGGACACUGUUCUCUCCACCACUGAGGUGGAUUUCGCCUUCACCGUCUGGCAGAGCUUCCCGGAGAGGAUUGUGGGGUAUCCGGCUCGUAGCCAUUACUGGGACGCCGCUAAGCAGCGAUGGGCUUACACGUCCAAGUGGACUAACGACUACUCCAUGGUUCUCACUGGAGCUGCAAUCUACCACAAAUACUAUCACUACCUGUACACCUACUACCUGCCACCCAGUCUGAGAAGCAUGGUGGACCAGCUGGCCAACUGCGAGGACAUCCUCAUGAAUUUCCUGGUGUCCUCCGUCACCAGGCUGCCUCCCAUCAAGGUGACGCAGAAGAAGCAGUACAAGGAGACCAUGAUGAGCCAGGCUUCCCGGGCCUCGCACUGGGCCGACCCGGACCACUUCGCCCAGCGUCAGACCUGCAUGAACAAAUUCGCCAGCUGGUUUGGCACCAUGCCCCUGCUCCGCUCCCAGAUGAGGCUGGAUCCGCUUCUCUUUAAGGACCAGGUCUCCAUCUUACGCAAGAAGUACCGGGACAUCGAGAGGCCCUGACUUUGUUUCUGGGAGACCCAGGUGGAUGGACGGAGACGGAGAGCCCUGGGGCCCCAAUGGCUGGAGUGCCAACAUGUUCAACUUCACUGCUUAUAGAUUAUUAUUUCCAGCUCAAAUGCGUGGACGACAGCGACAGCCCCCCGGUCUGACAGUGCCCUGCUCUGUGUAACUGUGCACACUUAACUGUACAUCACAGAGCUGCACUUUCUGCUGCCCCAUCUCCCUCCAAGCCCUGGCAGCACCUUCAAGCCCUGGAGACUCACCCGAGACACAAGGACGGCCAGGCGUCCACCGUGCCUGAAAAGCUUCCAAAAGUAAUGAUUUCCUGAGUCCAGAUGGAGCACAUGGAACUGGAUAAGCCCUCUUUAUUUGUGGCUAUUUGUACUUGUUUACAUAUUAAAUUAUUUGUAGGUUUUCUAUU